CGGAUGCAAAUUUCUAUUCGAGGAGAUGACAAGGCGAACGGUUGUAGACGUGAAGGUGGUCGACACAGAGAAGCGUCGCCUUCCUAGCAAACAUUACGUUUACAAGAUCAGUGUGACGUGGUCAGAAGGCUCAACGUUAGUCAUUUACCGUCGCUACAGCAAAUUCUUUGAACUGCAGAGUCGUCUGCUGGAGUUGUUUCCAGAAGAAGGAGGCACGAAGGAUCCAACACAGCGAAUGAUUCCAUUUCUUCCAGGAAAGAAGAUCUUUGGCAGAAGUCACGUACGUGAAGUGGCAAUGAAGCGUCUAAAUCCAAUUGAUGAGUAUUGCAGGUCGUUGGUGCGACUUCCUCCCAAAGUGUCUGAGUGUGAUGUGGUGAUGGAAUUUUUUAACGUAUGGCCUGAAGACAACGACCCACAUGCUGAAGAGGAAUAUUUGAAGGCAAAGAAGAGCAAUGAUCAAGUUGGUGAGAGCAUCACAGACCCCAUUCUGUUAGAGCAAUACACGGCCAUCGCAGAUUACAAAAAGCAGCAGAAGAAUGAAGUCAACGUGAAAGGUGGAGAGCUUGUUGAGGUUGUAGAGAAAAAUGAGAACGGAUGGUGGUUUGUUCGUGUUGAUUAUGAGCAAGGAUGGGUGCCUGCCUCGUACCUGGAGAAGGCAGAUGGGACAGAAGAGCCAGAAGGAAAGAGAUUGAAACCAGGGAAAGAGGAGCCACACAUAACAACAAACAGCUACAAGGCUGAAAACGAUGAUGAGCUGACGUUUGAUCAAGGAGUUGUGGUCGAUGUUGUUCAAAAGAACUUGGAUGGCUGGUGGCUUGUUAGGUACCAAGGGAGAGAAGGCUGGGUACCUUCUGCGUUUCUCACAAAGAUGAAGGUGUUACCAGAGGAGACGUCUGGUGCUGCUGUUGAGAUCGUUGGCAGUGCACUUGAUGCAGUAAAGUCAACCGAUGAUGAGAAACAGAAACUGCAGCUUCCUCAAGGUUCAAUAAGCCCAGAUACUGAUCGUAAGAAAGAUGGCAAAAAGAGGAAGGCAGCACCACCGAAACCAUCGGCUGGGCCAGUGGUACAUGGAAAUGCUGGUCUUAUUGCUGCUUCAUUUGGUGCUUUACCAGGUGCUGCAAAACCAACCCCUCGCAGGAAUUCCAUCAAGGUGACAAGACCAAAGAAGCCUGGUGGACUUGCUACAGCUAUGAACAGAAUAUCUGAAGUUGACAGUGCUAAACAGAGUGAAGAUUCACCUCAGUACUUCGUUGCCAUUGCUGCUUAUGACGGUCAGAAUCCAUCGGACUUGAGUUUUGAGGCAGGAUCUAAAGCAGAGGUGACACAACAGGAUCCAAAUGGCUGGUGGUUUGUCCAAAUAGGUGACAAAGAAGGAUGGGUUCCUUCUACUUACUUUGAACCAGCAAGAUCACCACCCAUUCAGCCGAAGAGGGAAAACACUGAAGAACAAAUGAAACAAAAGGUCAAAGCAAAAGCUCCUGCUCCUCCCAAAAAAGCACCGAAAGCAAAGAAGAAGAGGAAAGUGACUCAGUAUGUGACAAUAGCCGCAUUUGUUUCUCAAGCUGGAGAUGGUAUCAGCUUUGAAGGAAAUCAAGUUGUAGAAGUAGAGGAAAAGGAAGCCAGCGGAUGGUGGUAUGUUCGAAUUGGUGACAAGGAAGGAUGGGCUCCAUCAUCGUACAUUGAAACUAAAGAAGUGGAGAUUGAAGAAGAGGUCAAUGAGCCUCCAGUAAAACCUUCCCAAAGAAGGAUAUCAACAGGAAAUGACUUAUCUGUUGCUCAGCCUGCAAGCUAUGUUUCUAGUGAUAAAUCAAGCAACAAGAAUAGCAGCAAGGAUGUGAACCCAGUUGCUGCGGCUAUUGCAGCACGAGCUCAAAAAGAUCAGACAGCAAUCAAUCAGUCGAGUAGCAGUGAGCCUACUAAGUCUUCUAUUGCUCCUCGGAGGACAACAACAACUGCCUCAUCUAACAUCUCAUCACAAGGAGAAAACAAAACUGGAGACUCGAAUCCUCUAGCCGCAGCACUUGCUGCACGAGCAUCUCGACUGGAAGCCAAUGAGAAGACUACUGAUGAGAAACUGUCUGUGCCAGCAGUGAAGAGGCCUGUACCUCCAAGAAUUCCAAAACUUCCAAAAGCUCAUCACACAAGUGCAUCAUCAUUGUCAGUGUCACCUCCAACGGAAAUGCAGAAGGAAGUGAAGCAUCAGCCACUUCCAAAGCCACGAAGAUCAACAGAUGCAAGUAGCCUUGCAUCUAGAACAACCACAAAUGUUGACACUGACGGUCAACGUAAAGAGAGACAAGUGCCAAGUGUUUUGAAACCGAGAAAAAUGACAACAGUGGGCAAAAGCGACGACAACAGAGGAAAUAGUCAGUCUAAUGUCAUAGCAGCCAUUGCAGCAAGACAACAGAAGGUCGAAUCGGAAUCUCAAUCAUCACAAGUAGCGACUCCAAAGUCAGCCAAGGCUCCACUUGUGACUCCAAGCAAGGGAGUACCCAAGAAAGCACCCAACAAACAACAAAUGUUUACGACAAUAAGUGACUACAAUAGUGAUGACGGUCGGUUCAAGUUCAAGAUGGGAGAACAGACCGUCGUGUUGGAAAAACAUGAGAACGGUUGGUGGUAUGUGGAGGUCGCUGGAAGUAAGGGCUGGGCCCCUUCCACGUACCUUGAACAGAAAAAACAAACAGGCAGCUCUCCAGGCAAGAAGUCUCCACCAGCUCGACCAGCCAACAGUCCUGCAUUGAAUCGUAAACUCGCUCAACCGAAUAGACCAGCAAGAAAGACAUCAGGAGACAAACAAAACGAGUGCGUAGCAACUGCCAGCUACACAGCAGACGAUCAGGAUGGCAUCAGUUUGAAUAUUGGCGACAACGUCACGGUCAUGGAUCGUAAUCCGAACGGCUGGUGGUUCGUACGAGUCGGUCAGAAAGAAGGAUGGGCACCAUCCACUUAUCUUGAAGAGAAGAAGACGAUGCCACCUAAACUGGGAAUCGCAAAGCAACAAGACAAUCACAACAAAUCAAACGGCGACAUUUCACCCACUCAUGUUUCUACUCGAAAAACCGACGGACCAAAACCUUUCAGACUACCUGGACUGCCGAAUAAGAGUGGCGUGAAAACCCAGAAUGGGCAACCGGGUCCACCUGGACCUCCUAAACGGCCAAAAGCAUCCCCAAGUAAACAGAACGAAACAACACAAUCUGAUGCUGCAAAGGAAAGAUACAAGACAGUUGCUGAUUUUACUGCCGAUGACCAAGAGGGAAUCUCGUUUUCAGCUGGAGAGAUUGCUGAAGCGUUGGAGAAGAACGAAAACGGUUGGUGGUAUAUCAAGAUCGGAAGGAACGAGGGCUGGGCACCAUCGACGUAUCUCAACAAAGUCGAGCAAACGAGUUCAACACAGAAAAAACUUUCGAAAUCCGUUGCUGCGUCUACGGGUUAUCAGACUGUAGCGGCUUAUUCAGAUGAGGGAAUUAGCUUCGAUAGAGGUGAAACGGUGAGGGUGCUGGAGAAGGCGGAGAACGGGUGGUGGUUCGUAGAGAUCGGUGGCAGAGAGGGAUGGGCACCUUCUACGUACAUCACCGAACUCUAGCUAUCACUGUGAGUUUUUAACUGAUUUUAGUAGUACUUUGCAAAGCUGUGUUUAUACGUCUAUUUCUGUACUGUACACUUUUUAUCUAACUUUAGGUAACUGAUAUUAAUCAUAGCGGGCUGUA